UCUCUCUUUUUCUGUGUGAGCCCUCCAGCCACAGGCGCACAGCCCGUGGAGAGGCAUGUCACAGCUGAAAGACAGCCAACCCUCCCCUGAUCUGCGUGGAAAGGCAGCAGAGCGCGACCAUUUUCCAGCUUUACGCGCGGGCUAUUAACCUUUCUUUAUUCGCAAGCGUGAUAGAAAUCGGAUCAGUUUCUGGGAUUUGUGGCGAUUUUUUUAAAAAAAAAUCACCUAUAUGAUAAUCAUGAUUCCCAGUCCAGCUGUAGCUGCGUCCACCACGCCCUUUUCCGUGAAGGACAUUCUAAAGCUGGAGCUGCAGCAACAGUCUCAGCAGCAGCAGCAGCUUCAGCUGAUCUCCUGCUUCGGCCUCUCCGGCGCGCUGGCACAGCCGGGAUCCUUCCCAAACAAGCCGUUCGGCUCUCAUUCGCCGCCCUCCUGCAUGUUGGCGGGCAGAGACAGCCCCAGCCCCAUCAGCUCCUGCCUGUCGGAGAGCGAUGAGAGGAUGUCGUACCUCAGCGCGCUGAACGUUCAGGACCGGCUGACGGAGUCCGGAUUGGCCGCGGAUGUGUUCGGAGACGCGGCACAAAUUCAUUCCGUAGACCCGCACCUGCAGAGCGAGCAGGAGGAGCACGAUGGCAAAAGCUGUGGUGCUCUGAGGGGCGAGUGUGGAGAGGACACAGAGUCAGAGAAGCCCGUCACCAAGCAGCAGAGGACCAGGAGGAAGCCCCGCGUCCUCUUCUCCCAGGCCCAGGUGUUCGAGCUGGAGCGGCGCUUCAAGCAGCAGCGCUACCUGUCCGCCCCGGAGAGGGAGCACCUGGCCAGCUCCCUGAAGCUCACCUCCACCCAGGUCAAGAUCUGGUUCCAGAACAGGAGGUACAAAUGUAAGAGGCAGCGACAAGACAAGACGCUGGAGAUCGCGGGCCACCACCAUCACCACCAUCAUCACCAUCCACCACCGCCGCGCAGGGUGGCGGUACCGGUCCUGGUCCGGGACGGGAGGCCUUGUCUGGCCGGAUCGCAGAACUAUAGCAGUCCAUACACAGUGGCAGCUCCCACUCCUUACAGCUACAACUACCCGGCCUACAGCUACAACAACUCUGUGUACAAUAACACGUACUCUUGUACUUAUUCUAGUUUGCCCGCUCUUCCACCGAGCAACAGCGCUCCGAAUGCGUUCAUGAACAUGAAUUUGGGAAAUCUGGGCGCGCAGACGCAAAGCCAGGCUCCUCAAGGACCGGUGAUCCAACCCUGCCAGGGAACCCUGCAAGGCAUCCGGGCAUGGUAGAUGGGACAGGCUUCAAUGGAUUAAUGAAUGGACUCAGGAUCACGAUUAUGCAAGCUAUAUGUUGGCUUUAAGUAGGUGUAGCGUAUGAAGUAACCAUAAACCACAGACUGGGAUGAAAAGUGACAAUAUUCAAGAUUCAUUUCUUUAGACCUAGUUGGACUAUUCGCAGUGUUAGAACAUGGAUGUAAAGUGAUCCAACAGUCACAGAAACCGAUUUGUGCAUUUCUGAAUUAGAAUGAGCUUUUAAACAAUUUUAUCUGGUGUGAGUCAAUUAAAUGUUGGAUGAAGAGGAAGAGGCCUGCUUCAAUGGAGCCAUAACGAAACCACAAGUCAUUGCAAGCGCUUAGUGCGUACUCAUAAAGAAGUAUUAUGUUGGGAUUUUUUUUUUACUACUCGUGUACAGCUUUACAUGUGUU